UUCAGAAUCUAUUUUAGAAUCCUUCGAAGUCGAACACAAGAUAUAAGAUCGUGUGUAAAAUUGUGAUGUUCUUCCUUUCCUAGUAAAUGGUAUUGGCCUUUCUCCUGCGACGCACUCAUAACAGGAUUCGCAUCAAUAGAAAAAAUUGAAAUGGAAGCAAAUAGUGGAGCAAGCGAACCCAAUCCGAAUGCAACCAUAACCAUAAACGUGAAGUUCAGUGGCGUCUCUAUACCCAUCUCAAUCUCACCCAACUCAACCAUCAAAGACCUCAAGUCCCUUCUUUUACCUUCCACCAAUGUCCUCCCUCGUGGCCAAAAACUCAUCUUCAAAGGAAAGGUUUUGGAAGACCCCAUGACUUUGACUGCAUCCAAAUUGACUAAUGGAUCCAAACUCAUGCUUGUGGCUUCCCAAUGUUUAUAUCAAGGGGAUGGUCCUGUCUCGAAGAAAGCUCAGGUUGUUCCCAAAUCGAGGAAAGAUGGUCACUCAGGCUCUAGCAACGACAUGAAGAAAAUUCCUGUUAAGAAUCGGAUGGAACGGUGGAAAGCAACAGGAGUUGUGGCAUUGUCUGAAUGCAACUUGGAGGCCAUACCUGAUGAAGUGUGGGUUUGUGGAUCUUCUGCAAGAGUUCUAGAUUGCAACAAAAAUUCAAUUAAAAAUAUCCCCAACGAAAUUGCGCGUCUUACCAGUCUAGAGAAACUAUUCAUCAAUGCAAAUGAGAUAGUGGAUGAAUCAAUUAGGUGGGAAGGACUAACAACUCUGAAGUACCUAACUGUAUUAUCAUUGAACCAUAACAAUUUAACUACUUUGUCGUCUGCUCUUGGAUCUCUUACCUCCUUAAGGGAGCUGCAUGUUUCCAAUAAUAAAUUGAGUGGCCUUCCUAAUGAAAUAGGACAUCUGACACAAUUAGAAGUUUUGCGAGCCAACAACAAUAGGAUAAGUAUCGUUAGUGACUCUACUGGGAAUUGCCACUCUCUUGUUGAGGUUGAUUUCUCCUCAAAUUUUCUGUCAGAAUUGCCAGAGACAUUUAGUAGUUUGAGCAAUUUGAAGGCAUUGUAUCUUGGUAACAAUGGGAUGAAAUCUCUUCCAUCUAAGCUAUUCAAGACUUGUCUUCAACUCUCCACAUUGGAUCUCCACAAUACAGAAAUAACAAUUGAUCUCCUUCGCCAGUUUGAAGGGUGGGACAAUUUUGAUGAGCGCCGGCGCUCAAAGCAUCAAAAACAAAUUGAUUUCCGGGUUGGAGUUUCUAGAGAUUUUGAUGAAGGUGCCGAUAAAAACUAAUAGAAAUGAUUUGUUAUAAGCAAUGCAGUUCAGAUAGUCUUCAUUAAGUUCAUGUCCAAACUUGAUGGCAAUUGCUUAUCUUAACCCUCUGGUGGCAAAAUGCAAAUAGGAAAUUUGUGAUAGGGUGUUGUUUUAUUGAGAUUUUCUAUAAGUGACUAAUAAAUACUAAAAAAUGUUUGAGUACCCCUUAAAAGUUGUAUUAUUAUUAUUUUUUAAUUAGGAAUAGUGUCUCAUUCUUUCAGCUAUUACAUGCCCUGUGUCUGUGGUAGGUAUGAUAAGGAUGUUGCAGGUAUUUUGGCUUUCAAUCCAUGGAUAUGAUGUCUGGUGUGAA